UACGAAGGUGCGAGAAGCUCCAGCUCCGUCUCACAUUCUCGUGGCUACAAGAAUCAACCGCCUUGGUAAUCGAGACCUCCAAUAUCUGACCAUUCCUCCGUGUUGGCGUUUUCGAGUGGGAGGCGCAGGUAAAAUCUAAUCGUGGCGCGGAGAUCGCUUACAACAGUACCUGCAUGGAUCAACUGCGUAUGGUGGAAACACGUGCGCAGAUUCCAUCGUCGAAGUGGAGCAGGGAAUGGUGUUGAGAAUGGGCACAUCAGGCGGAGAAAGCCCCGGGAAUGAUCGUAGUUGUUCCGGCGUGACCUCGACAAGAAUGGAUGCGAUGUCGAUCUCGCUUGUUUUGACUCUGGUCUCGAGGCUGGGAAUGCACUGGCGAGCAGUGCAGGAGAGUUCCUGCUGGUUUUUUUUGGGAGACCCAUGAGAUUGUUCAGACAUAAGUCUCUUGAUUGGGUCCUCUGGUCCUGGAAAGCUGGCCCCGAAAAUCUUCAAGAAAACACGGCAGUUCCUCCGAGUGUGCACUUUUAUAAUUAUGGCUCGAGUAGAAUAUUAGGAUGCUGAAGUAAUGGUGGUAGUGCUUGACAGGGAUCCGUUACUAAACUACUUCUCGGCGUGCAAAUUCGGAACUCCGUCGACAACAUGCGGACGCUUCUGUGGGUGCUUGAAGCAGACCUUGCUUUAAAAGCAAGCUGAUAGACAUUUGUUUUCUGUUCGACGGCUGCUAGAUGUGAUCUGAUGCAGCGGUGCUUACUAGUUAAUCGCCUUAUGUCUGCUCCAUUAGAUUUGUUCGUUGGGGACUUCACGGUUGUCUGAUUGCCUGAUCAGAAGCCGAUUUGUAAAUUUCCUAUUGCAUGUUGUGGUCUAAAACAUAUUGCGCGAAUUAAUGAUGAUGCUUGAUUUCCGAGGGUGAUACGACUCUGCGGCGAAUUUUUUGGUGUGGACUGUUCAAUUAUGUGGUGUUGAUGGUCUGAUCGGCACCGCAAACCUGGACAACGACUCCAUCCGAGACUGAUGAGCUGGGAAGUCGCUUUUCAAGUUCGUGAACUCGAUUGAUCAGUCUAGAAUCCGUUCGAAGAUGCGGAUACUGCAAUGGGGGAUGUGCGGCACCGGCUACAUAGUGCCCAGUCGAGAGGGCUCACAUUUCGGGAUUUUUAGGUCGAAUCAGGUUGCCCAUUGUAGCCAUUUGGAGACCGACACCAGUAUGCAAUGUGCGUGAGGAGGCAACUGAUCUUUCGAAUAUCUGGUUAGUUAGAAGACACGGAAGUUGCGCUACCCGAUGCAUCAUGGCUAAGUAGAGCAGUUCAGUGAGAACGCUGGAGUUCACUCCAUCGUGGGUACUGGCCACGGUUGCCACUGUCUUCGUCCUCAUCUCCGUAGCAGUGGACCGUUCCCUGCACGCCUUUAGUCAAUAUCUGAGGGACAAGAAACGGAAGCCACUGCACGCAGCCCUGGAGAAAAUAAAGGAUGAAUUAAUGUUGAUGGGAUUUAUCUCGCUGACCAUCACGAUAUUGCAAGAUCCGGUGUCGAAAGUUUGCGUGCCAUCCUCGGCCUACAACAAAUGGACGCCAUGCCGCGUCUCAAAAAGGCGGAAGAAUGCAACAGCAACCGCAACACCAAAUGCGAAACCGACGACCAAUUAUGAUUUUCCGGAGGAACAUCACAGGAGGCUUCUGGCUUCGGGGGGAUCCAACAGCUUCAGUUGCAGUCCGGUACCAGAAAACUCUGGACAAAACUUCCCACAAGAAAAAUUGCUUCGAAUCAAAAGAAUUUUCAUCAUCGUAACUGACUCCAUGCCCUUCGAUGGUGUUCUUCUGUCGUGGAAACUUCAACAGGGAUACGAGCCAUUCAUCUCCCCCAACACUCUCCACCAGCUCCACAUUUUCAUAUUCGUUCUGGCUCUGGUCCACGUGAUUUAUUCAUGCUUAACCAUGGUCCUUGCUCUCAUCAAGGUGUAUCGCUGGAGAAAGUGGGAGAAAGAAGCUCACAACGCAGUGAAGCAAGCUACCACGGAAGAGUUGAUGCAGAGUAUCAAGUAUACUCGCCAGUCUACGCUUGUGCGGUACCACACAUCGAAGCCUAGGAGCAGGUCAAGAUUCAUCGUGUGGAUGGUUUGCUUCGUUCAGGAUCUGUACAUUCCUCGCGCAGACUACCCGGCUCUUCGUCUCAGCUUCAUUACUGCACAUAACCAUAAAGAAUUGUACGACUUCCACGCUUAUAUGGUUCGGAGCCUAGAAGAUGAAUUUCAAACCAUUGUGGGCAUCAGUUCUUGGCUAUGGGCGUUUGUGAUCCUCAUAUGGUUGCUCAACGUUGACGGGACCCGGCUGCAUUUUUGGACGUCGCUUGUGCCCGUAGUGGUGGUUUUCGCCAUAGGAACGAAGCUGCAGCAUGUGGUAGCCACCCUCGCGCUGGAGAAUACUGGCGUUCCAGCCCCCUUGGUGGGCGUUUUGCUGCAUCCGCGUGACCAGCUCUUCUGGUUUAACCGGCCGAAGCUUUUGCUCUCCAUCAUCCACUUGGUUCUCUUCGAAACUGCAUUCGAGUUGGCCACCUUCAUCUGGCAUGUGUGGCAAUUCGGGUACCAAUCCUGCCUUCUGGAGAACAACAGGGGCUAUAUCUUCGGCCGCCUUGCAAUUGGAUUGGUUGUCUUGCUCUUCUCCAGCUACAGCACGGUGCCGCUAUAUGCCCUAGUGACUCAGAUGGGCACCAGCUACAAGAAAGCGGUGCUAUCAAAGAAUGUGGAGCGGGUGAUGCGACAAUGGCACAAGGACGCGAAGCAAAGGCUAAAGGUGAGCGCAGCGUCAAGUGCAAGCGAUGCGAAUGAAGCUACUCCUCCAAGUAGCAGCAGCCUGAUACUCCAUUUCAAAUCCCGCCUCGGUCAGCGAAUCGAUGCGUCACGCCGUUCCUACACCUCAAGUCCCAAGGGUGCGUCACCAUCACCAUCAGCUCAAGUCAAGAUGGAAGAAGGGACUCUUGAAAGGACAAACGGUUCAACGACACCCACAAUUCAAAAGCCACUCACAACAGCAGAAAGUAUAUGGGAGCAGCGCAUUGGAUCGGGAACCUCACUGGAGCGCAUUGGGGCGAUUUCUAGAAAAUCGACAACGUCGACUGCGACUGUAACUGCAAAGCUGGAUCAGUUUCCAACGCUCCACCCUGCUUUCAAGACCCGAGCACUGCAACGCCAAACCUCCCUCCCCACCGAGGAGAUCCAGCAUUCAUAGUUGCAACAACGCCAUUAAUCAGCCUUGUCCAUCAAACACAACAAUCACCGAUUCUAUCUUUCACAAGAUCGGGACGAUUUCUAUCUUUCUCAUACACAAAAGCAAAACAUCUAGACUCUUGCUCUGGGCCAGCAUUACCAAUCAAAGGAGAUCAUCUGAUAUGAUGUGAAGUGCACAUUUUUACAUGGCACGGUGGGCAUGUUUGAGUUGAACUGGAGCUUUCAAAUGUAGCCCCAAUUUCCAGAUGCAGUUUCUAUUGCAGCUGUUGCGGAUCCUAGAUCAAUGGCAGUCCGCUUCACAAACGGCAAAUGCAUUCCUCUUCUUGUGA